CCGGCGGGAGCGGGGAGAAAAGAGCCGGCGGCGCUCCGCGGCGGCAGGGAAGUCUCUGGCGACGCUGCUCUGGCUCCUGUUCAUUUCUCUCCGUCCCGAUCCACCUUGGGCUUUGCAGCAGCAGCUGCGAUGCGCCUGAUCCAGAACAUGGGGACCAUCUCGGAGUACCCACAGUCUGGCCACGCCACCAGCGGAGAGGGCUGCGGGGCUGGCCGGCCUCGGCUCAUCAAGAUCGCCGUGGUGGGAGCCAGUGGAGUGGGCAAGACCGCCCUGGUGGUGAGAUUUCUCACAAAGCGAUUCAUUGGGGACUAUGAACGCAAUGCAGGUAAUUUAUACAGCAGACAGAUUGAAAUUGAUGGAGAGCUGUUUGCAAUUCAAGUCCAGGACACUCCUGGAGUACAGAUCCACGGACACAACCUGGAAUGCAAUGAGCAGCUGAACAGAUGCAUUCGCUGGGCAGAUGCCAUUGUGAUAGUGUUUUCGAUCACAGACUAUAAGAGUUAUGAACUGCUCGGUCACUUCCACCAGCACAUACGCCACUUGCACCCCGGAAACAAAGUGCCUGUUGUGGUGGUAGCCAACAAAGCAGACCUCCUCCAUAUUAAACAGGUGGAACCCCAACACGGACUUCAGAUGGCUAGCAUGCUGGGUUGUACUUUCUAUGAGGUGUCUGUCAGCGAGAACUAUAAGGAAGUCUUCAAUGCCUUUCACAGCCUGUGCAAAGAUGUCUGCAAGCAACAAACCAUCAGCACACCAGAGAAGAGAAGAAGCUCCCUCAUCCCAAGACCAAAAUCGCCCAACAUGCAGGAUCUCAAGAGGAGGUUUAAGCAAGCCUUGUCUGCCAAAGUGAGGACUGUUACGUCAGUGUGACAGCUCAAACUACAUGGGAGGGUUUUUUCUUUCUUUCCCCAGUUCAUUAUCAUAGAGUUUCAACUUUGGAACAUGAAUUGCUGGUAUUACAGCUUCCGAAGAGGAACGAGAGACAGUCAAGAGAGUUCAGAUGUUGUUUAAACAGGUGUGGACAUUGUGUAUUGGAAGAGCAACACUGACGUUUGAACAAGGUCUUGAAGAAGUGGUCAAGACCUUAAAAGUGGAACACUGAUUGGACAAAACUGACAAUACUUUCAUCUUUUGUAGUGGAGCUUGCAUCAUGUUGAUAUCGGCUCUAUUCUGUCACUUCAAUGAGAGUGGAGGACAGGGCAGAGAUACUUAGAAUGGGACCUUUCUAAUGGGGAACCACCUGUGUUUACAUCCGUUACAAAUACCUUUUGCAUUGAAUUUAAGGCUCUCUUGAGCCUUAAAUUAUGUGGUUUAGGGGCAUAUUUCUCACUGAUUCAGCAAAACAAGACCCAUCAGUGUAAAAGCUACUGGACAUUAGCAAGUGAUUGUACUUUUGAGACAUUUUGUACCAAAAAAAGGUGGUUUGGUGUACAUUUUUACAGAUAAAGUUUACUCUUAAAGUCUGAAAUAGUGUCAUGAUCAAGCUUCAAAGACUGGCCAUCUGAUGCUGUGUUGACUUUACUUUCAGGGUGAUCUUUGAAUUUGUCUUGGAUUGGAUUGAUCACAAUUAUUGUGAAAUACUACUUCAGUGCUCUGGUCAUGAACAUAACUUCCUUUCCUUUCAGUCUAGUAUGAUUUCUCUCUCUUUUUCUUUCACUAUUGUCUAUGAAACUGGUAUUUUCUUGGUUGAGCCAUAUCUUCAGCUAGUGCAUGAAGAACAUCCCACUGAUGCAUACGUCUGUCAUUUGCAGUUAUGGUGGUUGUACAAAAACGGAAUCAUUGGGCUUGUCACACAGCCGGCAGGAUUUGGCCUGACCCAAUUCCCCCAGUGCACUUUUUUUUUUAAAAAAAAAAUAACACACAAACAUGUUCUUUCUUUAAGCUGUAAUUUAUUUUUUUUACUGAUAGCAACUUACAUAGAACACAACUUCAAAAAUUUGUUUCAUAAUUAAACAAUGUUUUCUCAUAUGA